AUGGAUAACAAUCGAGGCAGAUCCCCUUCGAGGGGUAAUGCUCAACACAUCAGUCCUCAACCUUCUCCUAACCACUAUUCCGCUUCCCUCGUCCAAGGCAUUGAUCCUUCCGUCCAGCAAGCCUUGACCACCGGGAAAUUCAACACCGCUCCCCAGCUGUUCAGCAACCCCUUCCAGCAGCAGCAUCAACAAGGAGGCCUACAACAAAACUCUGCUGACCCCAACUUCUAUAAUAAUACCAAUUACCAGCAGAACCUCUACUCUGAUAACCAGUUCGGGGGACACGCUCUGGAUCCGAACUACACAAACAACUACAUGUAUCAGAGCGAGGACAUGAACAACAGUUUCCAGCAGGGCUACUCCCUGAACAACGCCUACGAUGUCAGCCCUCAGCCCAACAUCAAUCCCGCUGAGCUGAGCAAAGUCUCUUCUCCACAAGAUCAUCAAUCACCAAAUCUUUUCCCUCCCGAAAACCAUAGCUCACGGCCUGAUUCUCCUGCUUCAACCAACGGCCAACAGUUUUACACUCCUCAGCAUUCUAGACAUGUGUCUUUGGAUCCUUCCAGCGCCUAUGGAGAUGCCUACAGUGGUGCAAACUUCCAACAACAUCGCAGAGCAACUUCUGACCAUUCCGAUAUCCCAUCCGCUCAACAUUCUCCUUAUCUCGCUCACUCGGAAUUACAAGACGUCAGCCACUCGCCCUACCUCCCUGCUCAACCGGACACUAGUAAUGCCUUUGGCCUGGAGAGCUUCACCCUGACAGAGCAGACUUCCUAUCGAUCUCCUAGACUGAUGCCUCAUAUGACCGACAAUCAACAGACCGGAAUCGGCAUGAACCCUGACCUGACUUUGAGCCAACCACUAGGCGUUCCUGUUUCAGAAGUCUACUCGAAUCAAUCGAGCUUCGUGCAACCCCCCAUUCUUCCAAGCAACCAUAUGCGCAAUACUUCGGUUGCUUCCGAUAUUGGACAGGCCGAUUUGUUUGAACCACCUACCAUAAACAUUGAACCCGCACCGGUCUCAAGACAGCAAAGCUUCGGACCACAAGUUGAAGGUACCGAAGGUGCCUUGAGCCCUCCUAAUAACCUCGGUAGAGGCCGUAAUCGUAGUAAAUCCGACUCCACCUUUACCCGACCCUUUUCCAGGUCUGCGUCUCCAGGUCUACAAUCAACCAGUGCUUCUUCGACUCUCGCAGUGCAAUCACGAUCGCCGGACAGGGAGAGGGGCUCCGUAUCUCGUGAAUCAUCCCCAGGACCCGGCGUGGCUUCUGGUCGGGUCGAGAAAAAUCGACGCGCGUCCACCUCUGCCGUCAGUCAAAGCAGAGAUUAUAUUCUUGACCUUGCAGAUCCCAAUAGGCCGAAUGCACCGCCUGGCACGAGCACAAGGGUACAGAAACACCCGGCAACGUUUCAAUGCACACUUUGCCCGAAACGCUUCACUCGGGCAUACAAUUUACGCUCCCAUUUACGUACACACACCGAUGAACGACCAUUCGUGUGCACCGUUUGUGGCAAGGCGUUUGCAAGACAACACGAUCGCAAGCGCCACGAGGGACUCCACAGUGGUGAGAAAAAGUUUGUCUGCAAGGGCGAACUUCGCUCAUCACCUGGGUCACAUUGGGGCUGCGGUCGUAGAUUUGCGAGAGCCGACGCGCUCGGCCGGCAUUUCCGUUCUGAAGCAGGCAGGGUGUGCAUCAAGCCGCUUCUGGAAGAGGAGAGGCAGGAGCGGCAGAACAGGGCAAUGAUGGAACAACAGCAACAUCAGCAACAGGCCGCUCAUUUCAUGCAAGGUGGACUCCAACCGGUUCCGCAGCCACUUAUGGUUGGAAUGGAUCCUACUACUGGUACGGGAGGGUUUUCCCUCCCUGCAGCCCUCUUGGCCCAAUACCCGGCCCUUCAAAAUAUUGACUGGUCCCAAGUUCCCACCAGUGACGACCCUGGAGAUCUCAGUGAUGUCGGUGGAAUGGGCAGAGCCAGUUUCGAUGGCUCUAGUGGGGGAGAAUAUUAUGAAGACGAUCUCAACGAUGGCUAUGCCAGUGGCUCCGGUAUUGACUUUUCGAAUCCGGGGCAAAACUCCAUGUUUUUGGGUGGGAAUUAA